UGAUAUCAUGAGCGGCAGAGGUAAGGGCGGAAAAGGACUCGGCAAAGGAGGCGCCAAGCGUCACCGUAAAGUCCUCCGUGAUAACAUCCAGGGAAUCACCAAGCCCGCUAUCCGCCGUCUGGCUCGCCGUGGUGGAGUGAAGCGCAUCUCCGGUCUGAUCUACGAGGAGACCCGCGGUGUGCUGAAGGUCUUCCUGGAGAACGUGAUCCGUGAUGCCGUCACCUACACCGAGCACGCCAAGAGGAAGACUGUGACCGCCAUGGAUGUGGUCUAUGCCCUGAAGAGACAGGGUCGCACCCUGUACGGUUUCGGAGGAUAAACACAAACUUACCAACACCCAAAUGUCCUUUUAAGGGCCACACACACACACUCUGAAGAGCUGAUAUCCUUCGACCUCAAGUAACCUAUAAACUAGAAAGAAUUGAACCAUUAUCUUUACCGACAGUGAGAGAUAAAGUAGACACCGGAAAUAUUUAACUGUCUCUGCUAGUUUUAAUACCCACUAGUAUUGAAAAGAAAAUAAGGACCCAAAGCAGUUGUUGAAUGAGCUGCAUUCUCUGUCAAAGCCUGAAAUUGCAGUUGGAUGAGUUUCCCUUAAAAAAUGGGUACAAAUCGGAAAUGUAUGCCCAGGGGUACACUAGGGGAAGAAAAUAUAGGAAUCCCACAUAUCAUCCAUGGCCUACUUGGAAAAAUACCCAUAUAGUUACUUCUGGGUGAUUACAAAGUUAUCAGAAUAAUACAAGCUAUAAAGGCUUGAGCUAACUCUUUUUACAUAAUUGAUGUUGAAUGUUUGACAAUGAUCUGUUCUAUGCCCCGAGGCCUUCAUCUGGGUUUUCAUGUACAUCAUUACUUUGUAAUCAAAUCAUUUGUUCUUUUGAACACAAAUUACAUUUAAAACUCUGUAUUGUAAGUUUGAAACUGUGCAAGAUGAGAUACCAUCGAGCAGACUGUGAUAUCCAGCAACAUGAUGCUGGCAAAUGUGCAUUUAGGUUAUCAGAAUAAUACAAGCUAUAAAGGCAUAAUGGGCAACAUUUUUUUCAGUAUGUUUGAUUAUUACAAGUUGCACUUGCACAUGUUUCUGUGAGCAGCUUUACCCCUCUGUCGUCAGUGUGUUUGCUGCUCCCAGAAUAACUCCAGUUUAUUAAAAACUGAUCACUAUCUGAUGGUGGUUUUUACAUUGAGAUCCUGAGCAAACAUGUGCAUCAGUUGAAAAACGACUUUUGGUGGAGAUGUGAAGCAUUUUAAAUACUUUUAGGUGAGAAAUUAGUGUGAAAAGCCUCUGAUCAGGGCUGUCCACGGCGCUGAGUAGGUGAGGUUUGGAGGCUCCUCAAACAAAACACAUGGAUCAUAAGAGCUCAACAUGACCUCAAUAUGAAGAAAAACUAUUCCGCUAUCGGCUCCUCCACCUUCAGCCUUCACAACUUGAUGCACAUUUGGUUUAAAGUCUUAAAUCAGUGAAGAGAAAACACAAGUGACUCGACUUUCAGACUGCAUG